AUGGAAGAUUUACACAUUAACAACACUUCAGAGGACAACAGGGACUACCACAGCAACAUCACCUUUGACCCCUCUAAUUACAAAGCUGGAUUCAUCAUAAAUGUGGUGACAUGCAUAGCCAUAAGUAUCGGCCUUCCUUUGACCCUCAUGGCCAUCUACGCUCUUUAUUCCCAGGUGAGAAAUGAUCAUGUUGCUCCGAUCUACAUCAUCAACCUUCUCAUCUCUGACGUCAUUCAGUUCUGUUGCAUGAUCGUUGCGGUGGCAAAGCCUGAGAAAGGGGUAAUUGACAUCUUCGAGAAUUUGCAUCGCUAUAGUCUGCUGGCCAGUGUUGGGUUCAUGGUGUGUGUCGCCCUGGAAAGGUAUUUGGUCAUCGCCUGCCCACUGUGGUACCACUUCAGACGAACCAUCAAGAUCUCUGUGCUGGUCUGUGUCGUGGUCUGGGUCCUUCCUGCUCUCUGUCUCCUCAGUGCCUAUUUUUGCUCAUACUGUGAUAUAGCUGAAAUCAUCUUAGCUGUCUUUUUACUCCUUCCCCUCCCACUGCUCACAUUCUUCCUGGGUGGGACCCUCAGAGCUCUGUCUGCCACCAUCUCGGUCCCAUCUGACGAAAAACGACGAAUUUUAGGAAUGUUGGUCCUGGUGCUGCUGAUUUACACGCUGCUGUUCCUGCCCAGCAUCAUUUGGUCCCUGGCACAGAAAAAAGUGAAUUCUAUUCUCUACAUCCUGUUGCAUGUGUUUCGUAGGUUGAGUCCUCUUGCAGAUUUAGUUCUGUAUGUUUUCAUGAGGAAAGGUGCCAUAGACAGGCUCUUGGCCGCUGUGUGUUGUUGCAGAAUGGACAGCAAUGAAACCAGGAGUACGGCAGUAUCAGUGGUGACAACACAUCCACAGUCAGCUUCAAGUAGGCAGAGACAGAGGGACACAGAGACAGAGAUAGAGGAGGAAACAGAAGACAUGUAG